AUGGGUACUGGAAACGAUACGUCAAAAAAGGAAGCAAUUAUCCGUUUACGAAGUCAACCGUGGAGUAUGAAGCGGAAAAGACGUGCCCUAAAAGUAGCAAGACGAUAUCUAAAACGUCAACAAUCAAAAGUAUCACGAUGGCAUCUGUAUAAAGUAGAAGCAACCAGGCAAUGGACAGCAUUUGGCCGUUGGUGUAGUAAUAUGAAAAUUUAUUUAAUACCAUGGGAAGCAAAAAUUAAAACAAUCGAGAGUCAUUAUGGUUCUGUAGUUUCAUCUUAUUUUACAUUCUUACGAUGGAUUCUUAGUGUAAACAUUACUAUGACAAUAAUAAUGAUGUUGUUUGUUACCAUUCCAGAGUGGUUAGCAGAUUCUCGAGGUGGCCCAGAACGAUUUAAUCGAACGUAUCAUAUUAAAGUUAUGAAAGAGAAAGAUAUACCACGAGCUGAUGAGUUGAAUACUGUUCUUGAUUUUAAAGGCUAUUUCGAGUAUUCAUUGUUAUUUUAUGGCUACUAUAGCAGUGAAACAUAUUUCGGUGAUACGGUGCAAUACAGUGUACCUGUUGCAUAUUUUAUUGUAAAUUUAUUUAUUCUCGGUUACAGUUUUUUAUUAUUUUACAAAAGAAUGUUUUUCAGGAUGGCAUCAAAUGCUCGACAAAGUAAGCUUUCCGGUGGUAAAGCGGAGCAAUAUGUAUUUAACUGGAAAUUAUUUGCCGGUUGGGAUUACUCAAUCGGAAAUGCGGAAACUGCUUCGAACUUUGUAAUGGCUAAUGUUAACAAAUUUCGAGAAAUAAUUGCUGAAUACAAUGUAAACCGUACAAAAAAAUUCGACUUUCUUCAAUUUACUCUUCGUGUCUUAGCAAAUAUAUUAGUGUUUGCGAUGCAAGCUGGAUCAGUAUGGGCUAUUCUUGCUGUUAGUCAAAUUACAACAAAAACAAGUUUCAUACAGCGGAAUGCUGUAUCAAUAACGGUCUCAUUUAUCACUUUAACAUUUCCAAAUUUUUUCGAUCUCAUCAGUAAAAUGGAACGUUAUCAUCCACGAACUGCUCUUCGACUACAAUUAGGAAGGGUUUUAUUCCUCUACAUAUUGAAUUAUUAUACUCUUAUUAUUUCAUUGAUGUUUAUGUUGAAUACAAUGGAAAGUCAACGAAACGUUGGUGAACGUCUUAUUCCGGUUGCACAGUAUUCUUCCGAUUAUCAUCAUAAUAAGGCACCGGUUUACAACACUUCCUAUAAUCAAUUUAUUAAACAACGAAGUGGUCGUCAAGUGGUAUUCGAUUUUCCAUCUGUUGCGUCAUCACUUUUCAAUCGUAGUAAAUUCAUUGACAUUCCAACAACGCCAUCUCCUGGCAAAUCAUGGACAACUGUUUUUCCAAACUUUGGUCCACUUGGUAUCACAAAUCCAAAAGCUGUUGUAAGUGAAAAUCGACGUGGUAUUAUGAAUGCAAGUACGUUUGUUGCAUAUCCAAUUGCAGCUCGUUUGUCCACGGAUUGGUAUGAGGAAUGUUGGGAAAAUCUUAUCGGAGAGGAAAUAACAAAAUUGGUGACAACUGAUUUGGUGAUGACAAUUGCAUCCAUUUUGGUGAUCGAUUUUUUUCGAGCUCUUUGGGUUCGAUACACCAAUAUUUGGUGGUUUUGGAAUUUGGAAACAACAUUUCCAGAAUAUGGUGAAUUUAAAGUUGCUGAAAAUGUGUUACAUUUGGUAAAUAAUCAAGGAAUGAUAUGGUUGGGUUUAUUUUUUGUUCCUAUGCUACCAGCAAUUAAUAAUAUUAAAUUAAUUAUUCUAAUGUAUAUUCGAGGUUGGGCUGUGAUGACUUGUAAUGUGCCAGCUCGGCAAAUAUUUCGUGCUUCCAGGUCAAGUAAUUUUUAUUUAAUGCUAUUAUUACUUAUGUUAUUUCUUUGUACACUUCCGGUUGGUUAUGUAAUCGCUUCAAAAAAACCAUCUAAAAUUUGCGGUCCAUUUGGAAGUCAAGAACGUUUCUAUAGUGUAAUUGUUCAAUUGCUUGAUCGUAAUUUAACAAAAGGUCUUGUUGAUGCGAUCAGAUAUAUGAUAUCACCGGGUAUUGUUAUUCCAGUUUUAUUACUUCUUCUUUUAACAAUAUAUUUCCUUUUUGCUCUGGUACGUGGUUUACGUGAAGCAAAUACGGAUCUCACCAAGCAAUUAUUACAUGAAAGAACAGAAGAAAAAAAACGAAUUUUCGAAUUGGCUGGUGGUGGAAAGAAACGUCAAAUUUCUAAUAAUCAAGAAAUUCAACAUUCUUCUUUAAUUGCCAGUGAUAGUAAUAAUACAACAAAUAAAACUAAUAAUAUUUUGGAGGAUGAAAUUUUAUCAGAUAAAUCGCAUAAAAGAAGUAAUAAGGAUUUACACAGUUAUGUUCCCUCAUUAAAAAGUGUUAGCGAAGCGGAACAUUCGGAAUCAGAAGAGGAAGAACCGGAACAGAAACUGAAAAAACAUCAAAAAGACGAUGAAAAAAACGAAAUGAUUGAAGUGAAACGUGGUUGGAAGCAAAAAAUUAUAACUUGGCUUGGUUUAAAUAAAAAUUCCAAUAGAGCAAGAAAAAAUCGUCUACGAUAUAAUCAAAAUGAUAUUGAAUCCGGAAAUGAAUCAUUCAUAUGUGCCAGAAAAUCAGCAACAUCGGAUGACCAACGUUCGAUGACAUCCAUUACCGAAUCAUGUUUACAUAGCUGUCCUUCAUCAGAAAAAUUAAUUGGAGAAGAUGAUAAUGAAAUAAAAAGUAAUCGAAACGGUUUUUUCACUACUAAAAAUAAUGGAAAGCAAAUUAAAAAGCAAAUGGUAUUAGAAGAUUUAUCAGUACCACAGUAUCACGAAACUUUAAUGGAACAGACUGUCUCAUUAAUUAAACCUGCAAAUGAUAAUGACAGUCAUCAAAUCCAAGAUCAACAAAAUCAAAAUCAUAAAUCAUUUGCAAACGAUGAUUCAUUCCAUCAAUCAUCAAAAGAAGUUGAAAAUCGAGAAUAUGAUGAUACGUCAAAUGUAUCAGAUCCACGCUUCUCGUACGCCGAUCCAUACAGUAGUUAUGCAAAUGCAAUGAUGUCACCAUUAAUGGAAAUGCAAACAUUAUCACCGACAAUAUAUUCUGAAAGUGAAAUAGAAGCAGAAGAUGAAUUUAAUGAUAUUACUGGUACUCUAAAAUUGGAAGAACAUAAUAGGAACGACGAAGAAAAUAGAUAUGGCAAAUUAAAAUCAGAUGUAAGACAAAAAGUAGGACAAGAUGAAAUUGCCCAAGAAUUGAAGCCAAAUGAUACAAGUAUUGUUGUGCAUCCGGAAAUACAUAUUUCGGCAGCGACAUCCGAUACUAAUACGGAAUGUAAAAAGAAAUUAAAUGAUGGAAAUCGAAAUUUGCCAAUGAGUAAAAUCAAUCCGCAAAUUAAAUUGGGUAAAGUGGAAGCACGAGUUUUUCUUCAUGAAGCAAAACCGAAAUGGCAUAAUUCGGAAGUGCUAGAAAGACCUCAGUUAUCAAGUGAUUCAGAAUCUCGAAUGGUUGUUGUUGAUGAUGAUCCAAGAUUGUACUAUACUGAUUCAGAAUGUGUCACAUCACAUGGAAAGCAUUUCCAAAGGCACAAAAAACCAAUCCAUUAUGCAAUACCAUAUUAUGCACGAGCAUCAAAUACUCAGGAAGCUGUUCAAACUGAUACCUUAUUGCAGCAAUUUUUGAUGCGAGUAAAUAUUAGUGAAGAUCGUUCCGGUAUACUGCCGAAUCGUCCACCACUAUCCCAUCAAUCUUUGCCAUUAUCAUCGUUAUCAACAUCAAAACAACAUCCGACACAUGCGACACAAUCUACAAUGAAUGAAGUUCAACAUACCUUAAAUCGACGACAGUUGUCACCUAGUGAAACAACUCGAAUUCAUUGUAAACAUACUCUUGUAUAG